UUAAGGAAAAGACAAGGCCAGAGACAGGGAUGUGUUGGUGUCCCCGACAACCUCCAUCCCCGGCCUGACCCAUUUCUAUACAAGGUCUGCUCUCCCCAGCUGCCAUCCCCGUGAAUAUUCUGCCGCCCCUAUGAGGAUUCCUCUAGGCGGGCGGCAGUGAAGCAGUGCAUUCUCAGGCCUUGAGCUCAGCGGGCAGGAAUGUGGCUGAUAAAUCAGAGAUAAACCCCCACCGAGGGGAAGGGCAGGCGGAAGACGGCCCAAGAUAAAAGGCCGAGUCGCAGAGGAACCAGGAGAGCAGUGGGCAGUGAGAAGCCGGAACAGCAGGAGCUUACAGACCGGACAGCUUCAGCCCCAGCCCGUCCUCCCUGCAUUAUGGGUCCCCAGACAGCCCUGCCCUGGACAAUUCUGCUCCUGUUUUUCCUGCACUUGUUACUGGCGGGAGGUCUAUCUCACCCCCUUGUUGGGCCCGACCAGGACCAGGCUUCGGAUCAACUGGGGACACAGGAGCUGCUGCAUCCUCCUGGGGACAAGGUCUCAGAGACACAAGCAGAGCAGAAGAUCCCAGGCCAGCUCCUACAGGACGGAGACACCGCCAAGAGCAGCCUCCGGGCUUUUAGGGGCCUCCAGACACCCAGGGUGAUGCGAGGCUCAGGUUGCUUUGGGAAAAGGAUCGACCGGAUUGGUUCUGUCAGUGACGUGGACUGCAGAGUGCAGAGGCGGCCUUAGGAGGAAACCUUGGCCAUGGGCAUCUACUUCUGAUUCCUCAAGGGCUCUGUACCCAGCCUCAUGGUCUUCUUUGACUUCUAUUUAUUAACUUAUUGUGAUUUUAUAUACUUGAUUCUUUUCUACAAAAUAGCUUCUCACCUGUGAGCAAAUACUUUCCACAAUGAAAUAAAAUCAACAAUA